AUGUCGGGGAGUACAUUAAAAGGGGGAGAAGCAUCGAUUGCUACGGUUAUUGUCAAACAGAAAGGAGAAAUCGGGGAGAAUGUCGUGAUUUUUAUUGCCAAAUGGCUGGCCAUACUGAUAGAGAUUGUCCAGUUUACCAAUUAUCAAAAAAAUCUUCGUUGUGGAACCAAAAACAAAAACGAAGAAGACACCGAAAGAAUUAGAGCUUCAACCUCAAGCUCAAAUCCAAACCUCUACUAA